UGACAUUCAGUCAACUGUAGCCAGAGCUAAUCGAAAGAAAAAUGCAAUCCAUUCUCCGACUGCUGGUGCUGUUUGGAUUAAUCUAUACCGCGAUCGGUGCAUCGGGUAUAUUUCAGAAUAUAAAUCUCGGUGGCGAAGGAGGAAGAACACGAUCUUCAGGUGGCAAUCUGGACUGGAGCGAUAGUGUUCACAGUUCUGAUGUCGAUAGGACUCUGAAGCUACUGGAAUCACUGGAUAACAGUGGCAAUGAUAGAAAUAAUUGGGGCAACGAUGCGGUGAGGAAUUCUGGAUUCGAUACAGAUAGAUCCGCAGGUGACUCAAGUGAAGACGCUCGUGGAUUCCAGUUUAUAAACAUAAGCUAAAUGUUACGAUGGUAAAAUACUCAAUUUAAAUAAAAAAAAAUU